CCGGUGGGGUGGGGCGGGCCGGGCCAUAGCACCGCCUCCGUGCCGCCUCCUGCUCUCCGCCCUCCUCUCCCGACAUGGCGGCCCCCGCCGAACUCAGCGGGCUCACGGACGAGGCAGCCUACGGUGCCUGCUCGGAGCCGGAUGCCAGCACCAAGGAUUUUAUGUUUCAGCAGACAAUGUUAAGAGUAAAGGAUCCUAAGAAGUCGUUGGAUUUUUAUACAAGAAUACUUGGAAUGACACUGCUUCAAAAAUUUGACUUUCCUACUAUGAAGUUCUCACUCUAUUUCCUGGGGUAUGAAGAUAAAAAUGAUAUCCCAAAAGAUAAAGCUGAGAGAACACCUUGGACCUUCUCUAGAAAAGCUACACUUGAACUGACACACAACUGGGGCACUGAAAAUGAUGACAGUCAGUCCUAUCACAAUGGCAAUUCAGAUCCCCGAGGAUUUGGACACAUUGGAAUUGCAGUUCCUGAUGUCUAUAAAGCUUGUAAGAGGUUUGAAGAACUAGGAGUGAAAUUUGUGAAGAAACCAGAUGAUGGUAAAAUGAAAGGACUUGCAUUUGUUCAGGAUCCCGAUGGCUACUGGAUUGAAAUUUUGAAUCCUAACCACAUGGUGACUCUCACUUAGUUCUAGUGAAUUAUAUUGUAUAAGAGAGGCCCACUUUCCAACUCCCGGAGAAAAUCUGUAACAGUGUUUGUGAAAUUCGCUUAAUAGAGAGGAAUCAAUCACAUUCAGAGUCUCCUCCAAAACUAUCCCCUGGGACCUCACUUGGAUUCCUUUUUUCUUGUCCUGUAAUGCCACUGCAGAUUGUUCCAGUUAGGAGUACUCAAUCAUUUUCUGGAAGAGCUCUUAAACAGAUUCUCCUCUUAAACAUUAUGUUGAUAUUCCAAUAAACACUAUGAAAAGAUACGUGACCAGAAACCCACUACAUCUCACACUGAUUAGAUUUAAACUAACAACAACAAGUCCUGUGUUACUACUGAUGAGCAUCAACGAGGAGGCAAAAAUUAAAUUUCAUUAUAUUUUUAUUUUUUUAUGAAGUCAAAAGAUCCUGAAGACUUCAUGUCCUUGUAUACUAGAAAAUAAAAUGUCAGGCUAAUUUUGACUGGAGCAGUAGCAUGCUUAUAAGAGUCCAUAAUCUUACUUAACAUUAUUCCAAGCAAAACUCUUUUAAGGAGCAGCCUUAAAUAGUCUUACAGAAAGAUUUUAUAGAGGCAAUAAAUAUGUAUGGCAGAAAGAAUUCAGUCUUUCAGCUCAGCUUCUGACUGCUGAUUGACAGCCAAGAGAAGAGGUCUCAUAGUUGGUAACUCACAGUCACCCUUGUCUCUUUUAACUCCAGGAAGAACUUGAUCAUAAUUUUUGUUUCAGUAGAAGCCUAGGGCUGUAUUUGACUUAAAUGCUCUGUAUAUUCUGCCUUAGGAAAUUAAUGAAAAAGAGGAUCUGAAACAACAGUUUCCUACUACUAGAUACUUGAUCUGCCCUCCCAAGACAAGUGAUGGUACAUGCAUUACACAAAUGAUUUGAUUUUAUGCAGUUUCACAUGUUAUAAACUGUGUAAAUGGUGAGAAGUUUUGAAAUCCUUUUUUUUGUUCCAGCGAGGAAAGAAAAACCCUCUGCCUUGUCUUACUCUGGUUUGAGUAGCACCUAACUUCUUCAGUUAUGUGGCUAUCAAAUAAUGUGUAGCGUAACCAAAGGCUAACGAAUAGUGUAAUGGCAUUGCAGUUCACUUCUCAAUAAAGCAUGGGUGAAAACUACAAAAACA